AUGCACCCCGUACAAACUAACCAGGGGCGUAAGCGCAGCCGCACACAAGUGCGACAGGCAGAAGAAGUGUCAAAAGAUGAAAUGGACGCGUCGGUGGCGGCUUUUAGUUGGUCGCGGUGGCUGAAUAAGUUUUGGCCCAAACAGCUGCAGAACCGACGCCCGCGGGAUCUCCGUUUCCCUCUGGAUUUAGGCAUCCGCGAGACACCGACGGAAGCCAACCGCAACCUCAGUGUGACCACUUCCCGGGUCUCCAGACGGGGAAUUUUGACCGAGGACACGGCUAGUAGCAAUGUGAACCCGGCGGUGCAGUACCAUCACCUCGCCGCUAGAUGGGUGUCCAACCUGGAGAACCGCCGCAGCUCCUGGGCGGCGCUGGCCAGCAGAGGGCACAACAACAACCUGUACUGGGAAGACAGCGGGCAAAGCGGCGGGGGUGAAGGCCGUGGGUCAGGUGGAGGAGCCAGGCAGGCAGGGGUGUCUAAUAUCGGUGUUGUGUGCGCCGCAGCCGUGGCUCUCUGCCUGAAGAAAGACCAUGAUAGCAAAGGUGAUGCUCUUCUGGAGGCAGCCAGGACCAAUAACUCUCACGAUGUGACCAGGUUGAUAAAAGAGGGGGUGGAUCCAAAUCACCGCCACCGUCUGGGUUGGACCGCUCUCAUGGUGGCCGCCAUGAACCGACAACACAGUGUGGUGAAGGUUCUGCUCGAAGCCGGUGCCGACCCAAAUGCCGGAGAUGACUUCAGCAACGUCUAUGACACCUCACGGGAGAAAGGCAUCCACUCACUGGAAGUCCUGGUUUCUAGAGAGGACAAAUUCAGCAGCAGGCUCAGCAGCAGGGCUGAUUUCCGUGGUUGCACAGCGCUUCACUACGCCACACUGGCUGAUGACCCACACACCGUUCACAUGCUGCUGGAGGCUGGUGCCAACCCCCUGCAGACCAAUGGUUUGGGGCACACAGCACGGGCCUACGCUAAGGAGGGAGAAGUGAACACUGUACUGCAGGAGUGGGAGGGCAAGUUCCAGGAGGCACAGGCCCGACGGGAGGCGGAGGAGAGGAGGAGGUUCCCUCUGGAGAGGAGGCUGAAGGAACACAUCAUUGGCCAGGAGGGGGCCAUCAACAUUGUGGCCUCAGCCAUCAGGAGGAAGGAAAAUGGCUGGUACGAUGAAGAGCAUCCUCUUGUAUUCCUCUUCCUUGGCUCAUCAGGAAUCGGAAAGACAGAGCUGGCCAAACAGGUGGCUCGCUACAUGCACAAGGACAUUAAAAAGGGCUUCAUCCGCAUGGACAUGUCUGAGUUCCAGGAAAAACACGAGGUGGCAAAGUUCAUCGGCUCCCCGCCGGGUUAUGUGGGACAUGAAGAAGGGGGUCAGCUGACCAAGUUGUUGAAGGCGUGUCCCAAUGCCGUCGUCCUGUUUGAUGAAGUGGAUAAGGCCCACCCUGAUGUUCUUACCAUCAUGCUGCAGCUCUUCGAUGAGGGUCGUCUCACAGACGGCAAGGGGAAGACCAUCGAAUGUAAGGACGCCAUCUUCAUCAUGACGUCCAAUGUAGCAAGUGAGGAAAUUGCCCAGCAUGCAUUGCAGCUCCGCAAGGAAGCUGAGGAGGUCAGCCGCAGAAAGCUGUCGGACAACUUCGAGGAUGUACAGAAAAGUGAUGACAUCGAAAUCUCCCGACAGUUUAAAGAGUCUGUGAUUCGACCAAUCCUGAAGGCUCAUUUCCGGAGAGACGAGUUUCUGGGUCGGAUCAAUGAAAUUGUCUAUUUCUUGCCGUUCUGUCACUCCGAGCUGCUGCAGCUGGUCAGUAAAGAGCUCAACUUCUGGGCCAAGAAGGCUAAGCAGCGCCAUGACAUCACUCUCCAGUGGGAUCACCCAGUGCUGGACCUGUUAGCGGGCGGGUAUAACAUGCAUUAUGGAGCACGCUCCAUCAAACACGAGGUUGAGCGUCGGGUCGUCAACCAGUUAGCCGCAGCGUACGAGCAGGAGCUGCUGCUCAAAGGCUGCACCCUGCGUCUCUCUGUAGGCCAGGAGGAGCAGAGCGCGCCCAGUCUGCGCCUCGAGGUAGUGGGAGAGGACAGUUCGUCGAGAACGUUGGAGAUCCGUUCACCACUCGACCCUGAAGACUAACAAACAAACAACCCAAAAAGAGGAGUACAGAGGAUCUAUACAGAUAUGUAUGUACCCAGUGUCAUCAUCAUCAUCCU